AUGUAUGGUGGCUCCGCACAAAUCACUGUGGAAUUGAAGCCUCUUGUCACUUCCUACGGCAUUUGUGGUGGUUCGGGCGGAGGUGGGGCUUACGCCCGUGCCAUGGUGGAGGUGAAAGCUGGCCGUACCUACCGUGUUGAAGCCGGUCGUGGAGGUAAGGGUGCCAUCGGCGGCCACGGUGCCGAAAGCGGUCAGAGCAGCCGAUUCUUGGAGAAGGACGACGCCGGAGAGUGGCAUGUACUGGCGGAAGCUCGCGGAGGCUUCGGUGCAGGAUCCUUCGAUCAAAAGCUGAACUUCUCCCCAGGCGGGCAAGGGGGUGCGGUGCCAAAUUUCCCUGCUCAUGCCGAAGACUGGGACUACUUCGUCAGCUGCGACGUCCAGUGCUUGGGCACCAAGUGGCCUUCGUCCCCUGUGGGUGGGAAAGGGCCUACGGCAGGGCACGACGCGGCCGGGCGCGUUGGUCUCAUGGGGCGGGUGCAUGCCGGCCACGGCGGGAACGGCAGCUGUCCUCAGGUUCUCCGCGACUGCCAGCCGACGCUUCAGAGAACACCUGGGGCAGCCGGGCAGAACGGCCUGGCCAUCUUGCGCCGGUGCAGGAUGGAGGGUGCUUACACACUGGCCCUCCAGCGGUGCGAUGGCAGCAGCAACUGGUCGAUCCAUGGCCUCUGGCCACGAGGCGUGCGUGAUUGCCAAGAGAUCAACCUGGAUCUGUCUACCCUCUCUGGCCUGAAAGCAGAGCUGCUGAAGAAGUGGCCUUCCUGCCAGCAGUCCACUACCACGGAAGCUUUCUGGCAGCAUGAGUGGCAGAAACACGGGACUUGCCUGAGCAGCAGUCCGGCGCACUAUUUUGAACUGGCCCUGCGGCUACUGGGGCAGCACGCCCAUGCCUGCGCCGAAUACACCUCCACGGACUGUCGGCUUUGUCUCACAGAGGACUUCGAGCUGUGCACACGGGACUCUUCAAAGUCGGCUCCAGAAGGAGCUGCGCCCUGA